AAAAUGAUUCAGAGAGGGAGGGAAGGAAAGAGGCCACAAACAAAGAACGGAGACAGGGAAAGAACACAGGGAGGAGGGAGCGAGAUAAAGAGAGACAGAAUGACUCUGGACAGACAAGAGGAACAGGGCUGCAGCUGGAAAGAGUGACAGCUCAAGAUCAAGAGGCUGAUAGAGUGAGAGUGAAGGAGGAGCCCACUAAGGAGGGAAGGAGGAGGAGGAGUCUUCAACAAGACGAAGAUAAAAAAAAUUGCUUUGGAGAGAGAAAGAUCUACAAACAGAACCCGUCCAAACACAGCCAUUACACUGGAGCAGCGUGUUGAGCCCAAGGAAUAUGGAUUGAAGUCAAGACAAGUUGGAAAUCUAUCUGGGAACAGGACACCCUAAUUAAACCGACAACCAAAGGAACAAUUGCUAUUGCGAAGAGAGGGAGAGAAAGACAGACAGUGAGAGGGAGCAAGAGAAGAGAGAGUACAGGGCAGUGAACGAGUAAGGGAAAAAGAGUGGCUAGACAGAGGAGGGCAAAAGAAGAGAAUUAAUACCACCCACUGUGCCAAUACCACACACAGAGUAAAAUUGUUACGCACAUACACACAUUCAAAGACAGAAAACCUGCCUGUGCCACACACACAGUAUUUAUGUCUCACACAUUGGCUAUACCACACACACCGAAUUUCUCAAACAAGUUUGCAUGCAACAUAUGCAGUAAGUCUUCGACACGCUGAAAUCAAAACGUUUAUAUCAACAGAAACGGAGAGAAACAAAGAAGAUAAAGAGGCAUGGAGAGACAUUAAAGCGUCAUAUGGGUUGGUAUUACUACGCACAGAGUGACAUAGACAGACAAAACGCAACAUAGUGGCAUCACGGGGCCUCCACAGGAGAAGGAACUCUUCGAAAACUAACCUGAGGAACUAUACUGCCAACUUAACCCCCCAAAAUAAUUUCCACAGAACUGAAGGCCGGUGAUUCUUCUAAACUUUGACCAGCAGCAAACCAGAGCAACUGUAUUGAGGAUCUAUCAUCUCCGUGGUAUGGGUGCCUAAGACAGGCGAGCUGAAGAGCUGUGUCCCUGGAAGGAGCACCACCAGCCCUCCAGCCCUUCCCCACCAUGCUGCCCCAUACGGCCCAGGGCAGGGGCACCUUAAGCAGGGUACGAGGGCUCCUGCUGCUGCCCCUCCUAAUGGUGCUGCUGGUGACUUUUUGUGCUGCACAGAGCGAAAAGAGUCAGGAGAACCAGGGAGAGAAUAACACUGGCAGUACGGAGAGCCCGGAGACUGUCUCCUCAGAUGUGGCCAUCGUCAGUCCUCGUAACUCCUGGCUCGUCUUCAGACACAACUCCAACAAAGGAGAGAACAAGAAGACCAAGCCCCCAAAGAGGGCAUCUAAGCAUGGUCUACCGGGCCCCCCCGGACCACCAGGCCCUCAAGGGCCACCCGGCCCCCCCGCCCCCCUGUUACCUCAGCAGGAAGAGCUGAUGCAGGAGUUCCAGCUACGACUGAGAGAGAUGGCUGGUGGACCCUGUCUGCUCUGUGAGCGACCUCCCCGUGUGGCCACCGCCUUCCACUGCCGCCUGCACCACCCCCUCACUGUGCCACGCCGCAGUCUGCUAGAGCUGCAGCCAUUCAGCAGUGUCUCGGACACUGAGCAGAGCCUUCAGAGGGGCCAGGGCUUCAACUCUAGCAGUGGCCGCUACACGGCUCCCGUCUCCGGGUUCUACCAACUCACCGCCAGCCUUCUCAUAGAGCCCAAUGAGAGGUCACAAGCCAGGAUGAAGGAUAGUGUGAAGGCUUCCAUCUGCAUUGAGUCCCUAUGCCAGAGCAAUGUGUCUCUGGAUUCGGUGACAGGGGUGGGUAGUUCAGGAGUCUUCAGCAUCUUACUGACAGGAACCCUUUACAUACAGGCGGGGGAGUAUGUGUCCAUUUUCGUGGACAACGGAACAGGCUCAGCACUCACUGUCCUCCAGGAUACUUUGUUUUCCGGGAUACUCCUGGGAGUGUGAACACAGUAAAACAAAUGAUACACACACACACCCAUAGACUGAAAUGAACAAACAUAUUAAACCACCUACAGUACCAGAAGUUUGGACCUAAUCAUUCAAGGGUUUAUCCUUAUUUUUUAUUUAUUUUCAACAUUGUAGAAUAAUAGUGAAGACAUCACAACUAUGAAAU